CCAAACACAACAAUUUUCGUACACGACGGGAUAGUUUUAUUUCGUGCACCCCGAGUAGCCGCUACUAACUCGAACUCCUGACGCACGUACGAGGAUGUUAGUUUGACCAUUCUUUUCGGCACUUUUUUGUUUUCUUUUCCGCUAGAGGCGCAUCUUGAUUUUCCUUUGCUGCUCUCCCCCUCAGGUACCCCAUUCAGAUUCGAAUAGUCCCACAAGAAAGCAGUUCUCGCAAGGAUGCUUUCGUGUUUGAAGCUGAGUGAAAAAAUUACCAAGUCUGAAAACCUGUAUACACUAGUACUUUACUACGUGUUUUUUUUUGCAAAAAACUCCGACCACUGAUCAGAAUGGCGAAUUUCAUCUUCCACCUCUUAUUUGCAUCUCUUCUGGUGCGCCUGAGUUCCGCCUGCUCGACGAAUUCCUACAUUUACGCGCAGUACAAUGGAGUUUGGAAGCGCGCUCUUGUCAAGCGAAUCCGGAAUGAUGGUCUUUUCGCCCUCGAGUGGAGCCACGAUACCAUGCUCUGCGUCGAUUCGAGCACAGGGGUGAAUGCAGAUAACACCUACUGCGUAGCCUGUGCCGCGAACUGCUACGUGCACCCGACACAGGUACAUACUUCUAUGAGGAUGAUGUUUUUGUUCUUCAUAGCGAUCGCCAUCGUUAGUUUAUUUUGGAUUGUUUUGUUCUCCUAUUUUCACCUGUUUUUGAUGAAAAGAGGCACCUACCGUUCUCGUGCUCGUGCAGUUGCAGUUCGACGUCGUCGCGUACUAAGACUAAGUUGUGUAAGUAAGUACAAAAAUCACCUCCAGUAGAGCCAGACGUCGUACCGGCUGCGAGGGCUCAUUUGUUUUUGUCAUGCCCCACUAAAUCCACAUGCUAAAAUCUAAAUGUAAAUCUAUCAGGCUCUCGCGUACCGCACACCAGCAGACUACACCGCGGUGUGUGAAGCAGGCGCCGCCGCCGCCGCUUCCGGUGAUGACAGCGACGAGGGGCUUGGCACGGCGGCCGUCGCGGGAAUUGCCAUCGGCGGUGUGGUAUGCAAUACAAAAGCAUCGUACUAGUAUAAAUUGCAUUACAAAUUGGCCCAGCAUUACAAAUUGAAUUUGUAAUGCUGAUUUGCCUUGAGAAAGAGAUUUGUAAUGCAUAAAUGCAAUUAGUACGAGUACGAUACUUUUGCACAGGAUGUGUGGUCAUUCUCGCCCUCUUUGCCUACGGCUGUCACUCGAUGCUGCGGGAAAGCAGGCUGGAUGCGCAAGCGGGUAUGAAAGCCUCACGUUGGAAAUCCUCAAAGUGGAAAUAAUUUGUGAUGCAUGAAAUGCUACGCAAAAACCUCUGUAUUGCAGAGGACGCAAUGGAGGCCGGCUAUUGUCCUGCAGCUAGGGGUGAAGAAUUGGAGUGCUGCUUAGCACGAGAGAAAGGCACCCCUUGCCUUAACCUGCAUGACAGACAUGCUUUGAGUGCCCGAGAAAUUUGUCAUGCGCCGACUACAAAUGGCGCUUGCUUCAACUGCAGUCGUUUUUUUGCAUUACAAAUUCUUUCCACUUCGAGAAUUUCCAACCUGAGGCUUUCAUAGCGGGGGGCUUGACGGAGCGGAGGAAAAUCGAAAAGGGGAAAUCGUUUGCCUGGGGCCGCUAUCAACUGUGAACAUGUCUGGGUCUGGAAGCAUGAUGUCGCAAGGUUUGUCAUGCAGAGCGAGGAUGACUCUCUCUCUGACUCAAAGGACUCUCGAGUCUGUCAUGCAGGACUCUCAAGUCUGCCAUGCACGUUACCCAAGAACAGCCGCUUUUCUCUGCCAUGCAGAAAGAACGCAGUUUGUCAUGCAAGAUAGGCAACUACACGUAGGCUUAACAGCUUAGAAAUUUUUCAUGCUUGGCUGUCGAUGGAGGCGUCUUCACGUGAUUCGCCACAUCAUAGCGAUGUCACAACAAGCUUCCAUACCCAAACAUCAAGUUUGCACUUGAUAGCCGCGGCAUGACGAUGGAACUGGGAAGUCGAUUGUCUUAUCAAAUGCAAAAGCAUCGUACUCGUAGUAAUUGCAAACAUGCAUUACAAAUCUCGUUUUUAAGCUAAAUCCGCAUUUACAAAUUUUCUUUCUCAUGCUAAGGAAAUUUGUAAUGCAUGUAUACGAGUGCGAUACUUUUGCAAUGCAUAUGUCUAUGGGCAGAGGGGGCGCCCGCGGAACCAAGGUUGCUGCGGAAGAGAAAUCCGGCGUCAGCGACAAUUUCGGCAGCUCCUUCAAGCCUGGACGUAUACUCAAAUUUUAAUUUAUUGGAAUUGCCAUGCUUCGUUAAAUUUAAAUUUUGUUGCUAUGAUUUAGAAGAUGAUUAAAUACCUUUUGCUGUUGAUCUUCUAGCAUGGUACACAAUUUUGCACUAGCCUGGUACACAAUUUUGCACUACUAGCUAGGCAGCCGUGCAUGAAAAUCAAAACGUGAACAAACUUUACAAAAAACUACAGAAAAACCACCUGCUUCUCCCAAGGGUACCACUACAGAAAAACCACCAAGGCUACAGCAAAAGAAUGGCCCUCAUCGCAGCGAGAAAAAACAAAGAAAAAAAACUCGCGCGCGUCGUGCACUUCUUAAAAAAGAAGGCCGCGCCUUCCUCCGCCGCCCAAAAUUUUGGGCUUGGCGCGGCGCUGCGCGCCGCGCGUUUGUUUUGUUUUUCCUCACCCAACAGUUAGGGGCGUGCAGAUUUUUCGUGAGAGAGGAAAAAAGCGACGGCGGGGCGUGCUCGCCGUCUCACUUCAACCCGAAUCUGUCUUGUUGUUCAAUUUGCAAUUUGUCACGCGCUUGUUAUUGAAGUGGUUAUUGGUGCUUAACUUUCCAUCAGAGUGCUGAAGUACCCAUCUCAAUAGCCGUUGCGUGACACGUUGCAAACUGAAGCUGGACAACAACGCAAAUUGUUGGAGUGCCCACUUCAACAAUUUGCACAACGCAAAUUGCUGAAGUGGCUACUUCAACAAUUUCGGCCUCGUUCGGCAGCUCCUUCAAGCCUGGACAUAUAAAUGACAAUCAAAAUUUUUGUUACGUUAUAUAAGCUUAAUUUAAGCUUAUAUAACUAUAAGAAUCUGAAUUUAAGCUGCUUAAAUUCAAAUUCUUAUAGUUAAUAUGAACAUGUAGAUUUACCCACCUCCGAGAUGCUGGUAUCGAUUGACAUUGAAAUACAAGACAAUCGUGCAUCCAAAUGAAAAUGUUAUAAAACUUUAUACAAAAAACUACAGAAAAACCACCCGCUUCUCCCCGGGGCCAACAAGUUUCCCAUCGCGUGGACAUGCCACCGUCUCCCCGUAUGCAUUGCAAAUAUGUCUGGGUCUGGAAGAAAGGAACUUGUAAUGCUGUCUCUGGAUUCCAAAGAAAUCUGUAUUGCAUGACCAGCAACAGUACUCCAGUACCAGUUUGUGUUACGCGGAGAGGGCAUUUCUCAUGCGGAAUAGGCAUUAGAAAGCCCUCUAAAAAUCUGUGUUGCUAGAUCAUGCAUUACAGGCGUCAGGCGUCAUGCGAAAAUGCAUGACAAACUCCUGCAUUCUUCCAGACCCAGACAUUUUUGCAAUUCAUACCCCGGGGCGGCUCCCCACGUACCAGCCAUGGGCACGUCCCCGGACCCUCGCCCAGAGGAUCUACCGGAAUGUAUCCUGUGCAAAAUUAUCGUACUCGUACAAAUGCAAGUCUUGCAUUACAAAUCUUGUUUCCAAGGCAACUCUGCAUUACAAAUUUCAUUUCUCAUGCUGAGGAAGUUUGUAUAUGCAUUUAUACGAGUGCGAUACUUUUGCAACGACUUUGGGGGUUCUACGACCGGAAUGAAGCCGCAUAUGGGAUUGUCAGGAUUGAAAUCAUCAAAGUUGAAAUGAUUUGCCAUGCAUAUAUAAAAUGCAGCGCAAAGACUGCCUCUAUUGUAGAGGACGCAAUGGAUGCAGAUUGUAGUGCUGGUAAGGAUCGAUAAUUGGGCCGCUGAUUAGCAUCACUGAGGGGAUGCCCCUUUGCCCUAAACAGCAUGACAAACUGGCUUCCGGUACGGACAAAAUUUGUCAUGCGCCGACUAGAAACGGCGGGUCCAAUUGGUAUCAAUUUUAUGCAUUACAAGUUAAUAUCAACUUUGUCGAUUUCAAUCCUGACAUUCCCAUACCGCAAGCAAGCCCGCGCGGGGGUUCGAAGCCGCAGGCCAGUCCGCGCGGAGGGGUUCGUGGACCGCCGGGCGGCGGUGGUGGCGGGGGUGGUCCGAGAACCAGCCUUGGGGUGCCGACGUGAGCAGGAUCAGGUCUUGCUAG